AUGCGUGAUGGGUAUUUAUUUCGGGAAAACAAGUUGUGUGUUCCUAUAUGUUCAAUGAGAGAAUUGUUAGUAAGAGAUGUACACAGUGGAGGCUUAAUGGGAUAUUUUGGGGUUAAGAAGACCUUGGAGAUAUUAGGUGGACAUUUUUAUUGGAGAAAAUUGAUGUUCAUUGGAUUUGUAGGAAAUGCAUUACUUGUAAGACGGCUAAGUCUAAGGUUCUACCUCAAGGGUUGUUUACCUAGGACUAAGAAAGGAAAAGAUUCCAUAUUUGUGGUGGUAGAUAGAUUUAGUGAGAUAGCACAUUUUAUGUCGUGUUAUAAAACUGACGAUGCUACCAAUAUUGCGGAUCUCUUCUUUAAGGAAAUAGUGUGCUUACAUGGGAUUUCAAAAAACAUUGUAUCGGAUAGGAGUGUUAAAUUUCUUAGUCACUUUUGGAUGAUUUUGUGGAACAAGUUAGGUGCAAAUUCGAGGUCGAAUCUUUUUGCAGAGGGAGGGAAUGAUGUGAUCCAAGGAAUGAAGACAAGUCCGGACAAGAAUCCGUUGGUCGUUGAGGAAGACCCUAUAACUAGGUCGUGA